CACACCAAAUUGGUAUUUUGUAAUUUCGACAUGGUUUUCAGAACAAAUUGAUACGGUGAAUAUGGAGAAGAUGCCGUCAAUAAAGUAUGGGAUUGAAAAGUUAACUAAAAUGAAUAAUUUCGAUCAGUGGCGCUUGAAGAUGAAAAUCUUAUUAGUUCACCUGGUUUUUCUAAUUUUCAAUUUUUAUGACAAUUUAAAAAAUGUAUUAAGAACCAUAUCCGAAAGAACAUACCAGUUUUAAUAGUGAUAGGUUAUUCUCCUUUCACUUGCUUUGUGUGUGGAAUCUUUCAUUUUGUUCUAAAUCUUAAACCCCUUCUCAUAGUGUAAUGGCGAGGGAAGAAGUCUUCGAGUUCCUCAAUUGCGUUCCUUUGCUUCAGAGGCUUCCUAGGUCGUCGUUACAAAACUUAUCUCAGCUUGUGAUUAUCAAAAACUAUGAGCCAGGAGAUUGUGUUGUUCGCGAGGGAGAGGCUGGAGAGGGUCUUUACUUCAUUUGGGAAGGAGAGUUUUGUGCGGAAAGUUCAGUUUCUUGGUUUGCAGGCUGAGGUUAUUCGAUCUGGCAUUUCUGAUGAUGAAAAGGAUCUUGAGUUUCAACUGAAGAGAUAUGACUAUUUUGGUUUUGGUUUAUCAAAUGCAGUUCACCAUGCUGAUGUCGUAGCUUUGACCAAGCUAUCCUGUCUAGUGCUGCCUCAUGAGCACUCGGCACUGCUGCAGCCAGAGUCUAUCUGGAGUGCAGAAAAAUCUCUCGAGACAUGCUCACCUGUAGAGCAUAUAUUGCAUUUGGAACCAAUAGAGGUUGAUACUUUUCAAGGUAUAACUCUUCCAGAUGCUCCAAAGUUUGGGCACGUGUUUGGGGGACAAUUAGUUGGACAGGCACUGGCUGCUGUAUCAAAGUCUGUUGAUUGUCUAAAGGUUGUUCAUAGCUCGCAUGCAUAUUUUCUUCUUGCGGGGGAUGUUAACAUACCAAUUAUAUAUAAAGUUAAGCGUCUGCGUGAUGGGAAAAGCUUUGCUACAAGGAAAGUGGAUGCCAUUCAAAAGGGAAAUGUUAUAUUCACUUUGCUGGCUUCAUUCCAGAAGGAGGAAUUAGGGUUUCAACACCAGGAAGUGCCUAUGCCAUCAGUCCCUACCCCAGAUGAGCUUUUAUCAAUGGAGGAGUUACGAGAGCAACGUCUUACUGAUCCUCGUCUUCCAAGAACUUACCGGAACAAAGUUGCUACAGCUAAAUUCAUUCCCUGGCCUAUAGAGAUACGGUUCUGUGAACCUAGUCCUUCAACAAAUCAGACCAAGUCUCCUCCUAGUUUGAAAUUCUGGUUUAGAGCAAAGGGAAAGUUGUCAGAUGAUGAGGCCUUGCAUAGGUGUGUGGCUGCAUUUACUGCUGAUCUAGUAUCUGUUCAUGCAAGUAUGAAUCCCCACCGCCAGAGGGGUUUAAAGAUUGAUGUCAUGAGUUUGGACCACUCCAUGUGGUUUCACAGACCUAUAAGAGCUGAUGACUGGGUGCUAUUUGUGAUCUUUAGUCCUACCGCCUUUAAUGCACGCGGCUUUGUUACAGGCCAAAUGUUCAAUCAGAAGGGAGAGCUUCUUAUUUCAUUCUUUCAAGAAGGCCUGGGUAGGAAGCGUAUUCCCAAAAGAUCAGCCACCAACUCUAAGUUAUGAACUAUUACCAAAAAAAGUAUUAGAAUUGCAAGUUUGGUCCCUUUAUUUUUUUUAUUAGUUUUGAUCGAUUUUGGUCUAUUUUUGAAGUAUUUUUUGGGGUUUUGUCCCCCACUCCAUUUAAGUAUUAAUUUACAUGACAUUUGAAAUUUGAAAUGAUGACGUGGCGUAAAUUAAUAGGCAAAAAGCAAUUUCUACAUCA